GAAUCGGUGUAUUUGGCAACUCAGCCACGAGGUACAACACACGAAAAUACAGAAGUCUUCAGCGUGUAGGGGUCAGACUACAUGCCCUGCUUCAAGUCUGGAGUUCAUUACAAAGCCAGGCGGCCCACGCUCACCAAAACAUCUCAAAUUGCUUAGAGCGAUUGCGGAAACUCUCUCAAUGCAGUAGCGGCCGACGUGUGAUACGAAUAUAUUAUACAAAGGAACAACACAAACCCUGCUGUUGGCCCACAAAACUGAUACCUUGUAUCAACAUGCCAGGCUUAUAUAAUUAAAUAAGUUGACACAGUCGACCGUUGGGGGUUGAAAUACGAAACGCAUCGAGGCGAAAAAUAUAAAAAAAAUCCUUAAAAAUUGGAAGCUUGGAAGGAUAUCGGCGUUAAAGUGGCCUGUUGUUAAAACGUUGUGGGGGAAGCCGUCGCUUUUGUGUAAAAAAGCUUGAGGUUAUGCCAAGAGGAAAAGAGUCGCGUCGCUGAAUGUUCUGAGUACCCUGUGGGGUAACUUCGCGAUGAAACCCGGCCCCUUUAGAGUUUAUCAAACGUUUACUCGCGAUUUUGACGGUGUGUUUGACAUAUUAAGUUGCAAUCGGAGACAAGCAUGAGCGAUAAUGUAAGAACUCUGCUUGACUUCUGAUUGGUUGCGCCGCAGAUUAACAGAAUGUCACAGGGCUUCUGCCAGCUUAAAAGCUGAGCGUUUCCUUGCCAGGAACGUGGGAACAGCCGAAAGCGUUUAUAUUCUACGCGAGUCGAUUCUCGAUACGACGCGUGGGGAAGUGUUAAAAAGGAGUCAACGUUGUUGGUGGAAUUGUAAUUUUACACAGAGAAGGAUACGUAUACUGCUGAGCGGAGCUUCGUGUUAAAACGGAACGCAAAUAAUGGAGUUCGCACGAAGACUCGCAUCUCCUUCGACAAACUUCGCUGUCAUUUUGCUUCUAAUUCUGUGUGUCUUUCCGAGAGAGGUUACCAACACGCAAGUGAAGGUGAACCGACCAAUUCUUUCCAUGGAUCUUGUGCAACCGCAUUUGAACGACAACAACAUUUUUCGUAUGAACUUCACAGACCAACUCGCCGCAGCUCGAUACAUGAGGAAUUUGUAUGAAAAUCUGAACGAGGAUGUGACGAAGGAUAAUUCGCCUGGCUUUAAUGUUUCAAAUAUAACAACCGCAAACGGACGCGUGGAAAAGGUAGACACGAUAAUGGGUAUAUUAAACGAUGUUCCGGACAACGUUACCUCACAUUUCCACAUGAAAUUCAAGUUCAACUUUACGGCAAAGAUCAAAGCUGGUGACAGCGUCGAAGCAGCCGAAUUCCGCAUUUACAAAACCGGCCCCAGCCGCACGUGGAUGCAAAACGCCACGUUCUUGGUCAAGCUGUCCAUAGUCACGAUUCCAGGACAGCUUAGCACCACCCUUGUGGAGCGGUACAUCCAGGGCUCGAAGAUUGGUUGGGAGAUCUUCGACGUCAAGAGUACGAUUGAUUUGUGGAUAAUUUCUCCCGGAAAUAACAAUGGUUUGGAGCUGUCGGUUACCUUUCCCCGCGCAAAGGGGCUCUCGAUUCCAGUCGACCCAAGUAAGUUGGGUUUCAUCGGUUUUAAAGGACCCUAUGACGAGCGGCCGUUUAUCGUGAGCUUUUUCAAGGGGGAUCCUACAGAAAAGGGCGUGGUCAUUCAGGCUUCGAGUCGCAGGAGAAAGCGAUCGCUGUUCAACCCGGGUCACAUGAAAUAUGGAAACACAGCGUCUUCGACCGAAUGUAAAAAGCGUCGUCUUUACGUCGACUUUCAAGACUUGGAAUGGGAAAGUUGGAUAAUCGCCCCGGACGGCUACGAUUCCUGGUAUUGCGCCGGAGAAUGCACGUACGCGACGUACACGAGACGGAACGCGACGAAUCACGCGAUCGUCCAAACGUUGGUGAACCUCCUUAACCCUCAUUCGGCCCCAGCACCUUGCUGCGCGCCGACCACACUCAACCCGAUCUCAGUUCUCUUCUACGAUGAAAACAAAAAUGUCGUUUUGAAGAAAUUUAAGGACAUGAUUGUGAACUCAUGCGGUUGCCAUUAAACCAGGCACUUCGGUCAUCUGGCAAGCUAAACUUUGCCCAAAAGCAACGAAUACUUGUAAAAUAUACAUGCAUGUUUUCGCAUUUACCAAUUUGCCUAUUUUAGGCGAAGUCCCCGUCAGUUUAUAGACCGGGAAAUAGGGCACUUUGUGUUUUAAAACACUGUAACAUAAAAUUAUAUUACUUUACCGAGUUACUUCAAUGCUCAAAACGAGUUGAAACAUGUUUAUUAGACCAUCCAGUAAAAAGACUGCGAAUGAGGUAUGUCGUGAUGAAUUGUGACAAAAAUAUGUUGCAAAUUGUAGCAAAUGUCUUACAAAAAGUAACAAUUAGUCGUGAUAUAUUGCAACAAUAUUGUUAUAACUCAAAAAUGUCAUAUACUUUUAAAUGGAUCAAUACUUAGCUAAAUUGUAACUUACAUACAUUUAUAUCCACACUGGCCGAAAAAUAGGAACAUUAAAAUCUAUUUGGAUUUAGAUGAUAUAAAAGUUUGAAAUGACAACGCCAGAAUUUUUUAUUAACAUUUAUUACGGAUAUUUAUGAUAGAAAUAUAUCUUACAAAUAAAUCCUGCUAUAUUUUUA